GAAUUUCACUUCCGGAGUGACCAAUUUCCCGGCUUUAUCAAUAAUUGAUUGAUUUACACGUUCCCAAGGUGAAAACAUCUGAGAUCACCGGUGAUUACGCCGGACAAACAAUUUUAUUAGAUAUCAGCGAAUAUUGUUUCAUCAUGAGGAGCGAAAGCGCAUUCACGUGAUUGCGCCAAUUACAAUAAUUACGCCUACCUCCGUAGGCUUCGCACGAUUAGGUGCAAGGUCAUUUUACGCUUCUCUUGGUUCAUUCUAGUUCGUCACUCGGCAAUAAAGAUGGUGUGAAUCAAAGUAAAUACAAUUAAUCUACCACAAUCUGGACGUCAGUAGCCUGGGGGUGAUGAUUUGUGCAAAUAACUUUCUGAAUCGCCUGAUUCCGGGAAUUCUCUUCUGAUGUCUUAUUUAAAGUGUUAUCUUGCCUACAACCCAACGUUCGUUUUACAUAACAAUGGCCAAGUGUUAAUAGUGAACUGAAUCAGUGCUCGCUCGACCGUGGAGUGGGUUUUCGUGACAUCAUUGAGAACAUAAACCGCUUCAAAGUUCAUUUUGUGUUGUACGAUUUGCAAUAAAAGAAUUACUGAAAAUGCAUUGAUAACUGGGUGAUAAUUGUGCAUCGCUGAAGGAAUUUAGGGGCAAUUAAGGCUGCGUGAAAUGAUGCAAAAUUGAGUGAACAACCAGCAAGAUGCCAGUCCAAUCACCAAUUAGCAUCAGCAACAGAGAAAUUGAUCACAAAGACGACGUCGAGCCCCUUGAAUAUCACGGACAUUGGGAGCCAAUUGGCAUUGCACGCGUACAAAAUACAGGCACAUCAGCAGUUGUAACAUUUGCCAAGCGCAAAGAACAACCCUUCAUUAUCGGCGGGCCGCUAAAAAAUAAAUACAUUUUCGAACAAUUGCACUUUCAUUGGGCUGAAACUGAUGAAUCAGGCUGUGAACACACGCUCGAAGGAAUCACAUAUGCAAUGGAAGCACAUGCAGUUCAUUAUAACUCAAAAUACUCUAAUUUCAAUGAGGCAAAGAAUAAACCUGACGGUUUGGCUGUUGUAGCGUUCUUUAUCCAGGCAUGUGGCGAAAAAGACUGUCCAGAAUUCAAGAAAAUUACAGAGGGUAUACAUAUUGUAGAAAAGCCCAACACUUCUGCCUCACUUGACUCCGAUUGUCUAUCAUGGAUUGGUCUUCAGGAGUUGAGCAAGCACUACUACACGUACAAAGGGUCUCUGACGACCGCUCCGUACUUUGAGAGUGUCACGUGGAUAAUUUAUAGGACACCGAUUUAUGUAUCGAAAGGGCAGGUUGCAACAUUUCGCAAUCUUCAAUCGUGUCCUAAAGAUGCUAAUAAAAAAAUUGUGAAUAACUUCCGUGAGAUACAAGUGCCGCCCACAAAGCCAGAAGUGAUAUUCGCCCGUAACGUUGUUAAACCGAAAUCAAAGCUUUAAUGUAAGUUGUGGUCAGUUUAUCUUCUCUAGAAUACUAUCGUCUACGGAAGCAAGUACUAUCAUAUCCCAGGGAUCUAUAAAUAAUGAAUAAAUAUGCAUAUGUAUAUUAUACACUAAGUGCUAGAAGAAAAUCAGAUUUUCAUAAACUAAGGACAAUUCUUGGUCGAGUUCUAUUUAAAAACUGUUUGUUUUUUUUUCUUUCAUGGUUGAUGUGUCGUUGUAGAACGAUUUUCGGAGGAAAGUGCGUGUAUUUAGUUAAGAAAACUGAAUUUUUAAGAUGGUGAAAAUAUGUUUGAAAGAUCAUUGUUUUAGCUUCUAGAACGGACGAGUAAUGAAGACAUUAUUUAUAUUUUAAUAUUUUCAAAGUACUUUUUAUAUAUGUAUGUAUAUGCACCAUAAUUAUAGGUUGUGAUAAUAAAACAUGUUGAAAAUGAA